UUCACACCCAACGGCGCUGCAGCGCACCGCUCCGCGGACUAGACCAGCAUGACACCCAGGUUCAAAACCUUAAACUGAGCCGCAUUGGGACCAAGGAUAUCCCGAGGACAGCAAGGAAGGGACGUGGAUAUACACGCAAGCGGGCGUACAUUCGGAAAGGCCGACAGAGGAAGAACUCCACUGCGCAGCAAGGUAGCGGUUCUCUCUCCAGAAACGUGUACAAGUUGGACAAGAAAUACACUAUCCUCCCUCGUAUCACAUCACGCCUAAACAUGUCAUCAUCGGGCAAGGAGGCCAACAGCGGGCAUUGUGCCAACUAUGUGGGACCCUACCGCUUGGAGAAGACGCUGGGAAAAGGACAAACAGGACUUGUCAAGCUGGGCAUCCAUUGUGUCACAUGCCAGAAGGUUGCUAUAAAAAUAGUCAACAGAGAAAAGCUCAGCGAGUCUGUUCUUAUGAAGGUUGAGCGGGAGAUAGCCAUUCUGAAACUCAUAGAACAUCCACAUGUAUUAAAGCUUCAUGAGGUCUACGAAAACAAGAAAUACUUGUACCUGGUGCUAGAGCAUGUGUCUGGUGGAGAGCUUUUUGACUACCUAGUCAAGAAAGGCCGAUUGACGCCUAAAGAAGCAAGAAAAUUCUUCCGACAGAUCAUAUCAGCCCUCGACUUCUGCCACAGCCAUUCUAUAUGCCACCGAGACUUGAAGCCUGAGAAUUUGUUAUUAGAUGAGAAGAACAACAUUAGGAUAGCAGACUUUGGCAUGGCCUCUCUGCAGGUUGGGGAGAGUCUACUAGAAACCAGCUGUGGAUCGCCGCACUACGCCUGCCCAGAGGUUAUCAGGGGGGAGAAGUAUGAUGGUCGAAAAGCAGAUGCAUGGAGCUGUGGAGUCAUCUUGUUUGCACUCUUAGUGGGCGCUUUGCCUUUUGAUGACGACAACUUGAGGAAUCUUUUGGAGAAAGUGAAACUUGGAGUUUUCCACAUGCCUCACUUCAUUCCUCCGGAAUGCCAGAACCUCCUUCAGGGGAUGAUUGAAGUGGACGCUUCCAAGAGACUGACGUUAGAGCAGAUUCAGAAGCAUACAUGGUACCUAGCUGGAAAGAAUGAACCCAAGCCCGAACAACCCAUCCCCAGGAAAGUGGCCAUCAAGAUGCUGGCUACAGUAGAAGAGAUUGACCCCGAUGUCCUGGAGAGUAUGCAUUCUCUAGGCUGCUUCAGGGAUAAGUACAAGCUGACCAAAGACCUGCUUUCUGAUGAUGACAAUCAGGAAAAGAUGAUCUACUUCCUUCUCCUUGACCGCAAGGAAAGAUAUCCAAGCCACGAGGACCAGAACCUGCCUCCACGCAAUGAGAUUGACCCUCCCAGGAAGCGUGUGGAUUCACCCAUGCUGAGUCGGCACGGGAAGCGGAGACCAGAGAGGAAGUCAAUGGAGGUGCUUAGCGUCACAGAGGGAGGAUCACCUGUCCCAGUACGGCGAGCUAUUGACAUGGCAACUCAUGGUCAAAGCAAAUCUGUAUUUGAUAAAAGCUUGGAUAUCACAAACGCUAACUGCAGCAAAGAAGAAAGGUCACGUUCAAUCAGUGGCGCGUGCUCUGGUCUGUCCAUCAGUCCACUCAGCAGUCCAAGGGUUACCCCCCAUCCUUCCCCCAGAGGCAGCCCUCUCCCCACUCCUAAAGGCACCCCAGUGCACACACCAAAGGACAGCCCAACUGGCACACCUAGUCCAACACCUCCACCCAGCCCCUCGAUCGGCGGCAUGCCCUGGAGGACGCGCCUCAACUCCAUCAAGAACAACUUCCUGGGCUCCCCUCUUUUCCAUCGCAGGAAAAUGCAAGUGCCCACACAGGAGGACAUGUCUAGUCUCACCCCGGACUCUUCUCCAGAACUUGCAAAAAAAUCUUGGUUUGGUAACUUCAUCAACUUGGAGAAGGAGGAACAGAUCUUCAUUGUGAUCAAAGACAGACCUCUCAGCUCCAUAAAAGCAGACAUUGUCCACGCUUUCCUCUCUAUACCCAGUCUGAGCCACAGUGUCAUAUCCCAAACUAGCUUUCGAGCUGAGUACAAGUCCACGACUGGUCCAACAGUUUUCCAGAAGCCUGUGAAGUUCCAGGUGGACAUCACCUACUCAGAGAGUACCUGUGCCAGCAAGGAGAACGGCAUCUAUUCUGUCACCUUCACACUGCUCUCAGGUCCCAGCCGACGUUUUAAGCGUGUGGUCGAGAUAAUUCAGGCCCAAUUGCUCAGCUCCAAUGACCAGUCAGGCAUCCAGCCCCCAAUCUCUGGGAUCAUCCACAAUAACUAUUAACCCCGGCACGUCCUUGAGAACCUGCUCGCUGCUCUCCGUCACCACAAGCGUCUACAGAACAGACUGAGCAUCCACCCUCACUUUUCUCCACUUCCAACUCUUCAAGCCUUUUGUCAGUCCAUUCCGCCCACCAGACAAAUCUCUUCCUGAAAGAGUUGUAUAAAAGAAAAAAAUAGCCUUAAGACAGUGAUGUUUGUCAAUUCGCUCCCAUGUUCUACUGUUUUUUUUUUUCUUCAGUUCCUCCCAUGUAAUAUAUCCCACAUAAAAACAUGCAAAUGCACAAAUAUAAACAUGUGGAUUGUAAUAAUUUCCACACAAAUGAUAGGAAAGAGUAAUGAAGCAGACAGAUGGAGAGAUGGACAAAGAUAUAGGCUGUGAUUCUUUAUCAAGUUCUCUUUCUUUGUGGAUGACAUUUUCUUUGUAAGCUUUGGGACAUUUGUUUCUAAUGUGGCUCAAACGUGUGGGGAUCUUGCAUAAAUGAAUGAUGUUCAGUUGUACAGAAUGUGUGUUGUUUUUUCGCUGUUGUAUCAUGUAAAUUUAUUUCACACAUUCUGCUCUCUGUAGUAAAGGCCUGGUCACACUAUAUAUAUAUAUAUCGCUCUUUCCGAGCGAUAGAGCUGAGAAGGCCUGGAAAGUGAAGGCCUCGGUGGUGCCCGUGGUCAUUGGGGCACUUAGGGCAGUGACCCCCAAACUGGAGGAGUGGCUGCAGCAGAUUCCAGGAACAACAUCAGACAUCUCAGUCCAGAAGAUUGCAGUGCUAGGAACAGCCAAAAUACUGCGCAGAACCCUCAAGCUCCCAGGCCUCUGGUAGAGGACCUGAGCUUGGAGUGGGAGACCACCCGCGGAGGGUGAG